AUGGCAUCACCCGCUGAAGUAACAACAUCAGAAGAAGUUAUAUCUCAAAAUUCAACCCAACUCCAGAGCAGUAGGGGAAAAAAAGGAGGAGGGAUUAAUAGGUUCAAAUUGCAUUUGGCUGGAAUAAAAGGUCAAGUUGAAGCAUGUAAAAAGGUGCCUCCAAAUGUCCAAUAUCAAAUGAGACAAAAUCUUGAUGAAGGUGCAAACAAGAGAAGAAAGACUCAAACACAAAACUCAGAUGUUGAUCUUACUACUCAAGAGGGUGGUGUAGUAGAAAUGGAUGUAGAACAAUCAAAAUCGGAUUCGGUGGUUGUGUCUCAAAAGAGGAAGAAUGCAAGCCGUAUUGGUAAUUAUUUUAUGCCUAGAACAACUCCUGGAGCUCAACCUUCUUUAAAAAGUGUGUUACAAAGUAAGGAAGUGGUGGAGAAGUGUGAUCUAGCUAUUGCAAGAUGGUUUAUUGAUUCUUCUGUGCCAUUCAAUGCAGCUAAUUCUGCAUAUUUUCAAUCUAUGGCUGAUGCACUUUGCAGCAUGGGUCCGGGGUAUAAAGUUCCAACUAUGCAUAGUCUUCGUGGGUAUUUGUUAAACAAAUGGGUUGAAGACGUGAACAAAUUGAUAGAGGAGUAUCGUGAGAUUUGGAAGAAAACUGGUUGUACUUUAAUGGCUGAUGGAUGGACUGAUCGAAAAAGAAGAACUCUUAUAAACUUUUUAGUUUAUUGCCCCAAAGGUACUAUUUUUCUAAAAUCGGUUGAUGCUUCUCAUGCUUCAAAAACUGCAGAUAUGUUGUAUAAGCUUUUUAGAGAGGUGGUUUUAUUUGUUGGGCCUGAAAAUGUAGUUCACAUAGUGACAGAUAAUGCUGCAAACUAUGUUGCGGCUGGAAGGUUAUUAGAAAAUGAGUUUCCUACUUUAUAUUGGUCUCCUUGUGCAGCACAUUGCAUUAACUUGAUGUUGCAGGACAUGGGAAAACUAGAGGAAGUCAGUGAGGCCGUGUCACAUGCUUUUAAUGUUACCAAAUAUAUUUAUAACCAUUGUUAUGCAUUGUAUUUGAUGAGAAAGCAAACAGGUGGAAGAGAAAUCCUUCGUCCUGCUCCAACUCGAUUUGCCACUAACUUCAUUGCUUUGCAGAGUAUUUUAUCUCACAAAAAUUCUCUAAGAGCCAUGGUAACAUCUAAAGAAUGGACAAGCUCGGCAUAUGCCAAAGAAGCAAAGGCAAAACAGUUUGUGGAUCAAGCUUUAGAUUCUGGAUUUUGGAGUAAAUGUGCUGAUAUAGUUAAACUCACUGAACCACUUGUGCGUGUGUUGCGUAUUGUUGAUAGUGAAGAUAAACCUGCUAUGGGAAUUCUAUACAAAUCUAUAGUCAAAGCUAGAGAUGAGAUGGUGAGUAGGUUUCAAAGAAAUAAGAAGAAAGUGGAUCCUUACUUGAAAAUCUUAGAUAAACGUUGGGAUUCACAGCUCCGCAAAAAUCUUCAUGCUGCCGGUUAUUGGUUGAAUCCAGCUUGUAGAUAUAAUGAUGUAGAUUUUGAAAAACAUGCAUCCACAACAUCGGGACUUUUAGAUGUCAUUGAAAAGUAUGCUAAUGGAAACUCUAAACUUCGAUUGAAGUUAACAGAUGAGAUGAGAAUAUUCAAAGAUGGUGAAUUAGAUUUUGGAAGGAAAUCGGCUGUGGAUGAACGAUGUAUUAUCAAUGAUGGGAAACUUAUGGCACUGAAAAGAAAUAGAUUGGAGCAUCAAAAGCUUAAUGAUUUAGUGUUUGUUCGUUACAACUUGAGACUUCAAAUUAGGAAAACACGUCAUGGGAGUUAUGAUCCUAUCAAUAUUGAAACAAUUGGGGACCAUUCUAGUUGGGUAUUAGAGGAUUCGCCACCUCUCUUAACCAAUGAAGAGUUGGAAGCAUUACGCAAUGACCUUGCAAAUAUGACCAUCCAACCGAUUUCAAGUGAUAUUGAUCAAUUAGAUUUAGAUGAGGACGAAGAUGGAGAUGUUGGUAAUGCACAAGACAUUAUUGUUGAUAAUGUGAAUCAAGAAAAAAGCAAUGCCGGAGAAGAUGAAGUUUUCGAAGAAGACAAAGAAGCCGAAGAUGGAUAUGAAUAUCAAGAUUAUGACAAUUUGACUCCAUGGGCCUAA